AUAAACCCCCUACUUUUUUGGAAUCUUCCACUUUUAUAUAAUAAUUCAAAGCAGAGCCAGAUAUUACUUAUGAAACAAGGCUUUCUAAUACCGCCUACUUACUCCCAAAUUAUCCCCUACUUUUUCACCACUACGAAGCACUUUCGAGAACUAUUUGCUACUUCUCAAGAUGCCACCAAAUUGAUGAAGCACUCCGUAAUCUUUCUCCGAACACCCUUUACAUUGUACUCUAUCUCCGAUCGGAUCCUCCUGAACCAAACAAUUUUCACUGGGGUUUCUACUUCCACGGGGAGCAUGUGGGUGGAUGGAAAUAUCACAUGAGAAAUUUGGGUGAUGGAUGGAUAGCGGACCAUGGAACGUCUUCCGGUGUCUUCAAAUCAACAUUUCUCUGUGUUCUCAUCCAAAUCGCAGAUAUUCCGAGUGCAAAAAGGGACCAACUUGACCAAAUCAUGCGAUCUCGUGAUGGAGAUGUCAAUUCUAUCCCUGGAAUGAGCUGCAGAGUCUGGCUACUAGAAAUCCUACAUCAGUUGGCUCAGCAGGGUUUAGUCAGGUGCAGUGACUGUAAAGCUCUAGAGCAGGAGUGUUUCAGAAUUGGGAACCAUCACAGCUAUGGAGCUUCGAAGAAUAAUCAGCCACGCCCCGUUGUGAAGUCUGAGCUGUGCUAUUAAAUAUCUUCUCCCCGAAUAAUGAAGUUGAUGGGCUGCCCAGAAAGCUAAGGGCAUACAUACGGGAAUAUCUCUGGAAAUCUCUGAAUAUUAAUUAUAUAGCUUUACCAUGUCAGCUAGCGAUAUUUCAUUUACCAAAUCUCAACUCGAUCUAUUU